CCUCCCUCCGCCGCCAUGAGUGCGCUCCAGGCCUCCCUCCUCCUCCGCCCGCUCCCCUCGCCGCUGCCCCCGAGGCGCCGGCUGCCGCUCCCCUCCGCGUCCGCCUCCUUCCCCCGCGCGCUCCCCGCGCACCGCCGCGCACCGCUCUGUCUCCGCGCAUUGGCCCCCGACGCGCCGCAGCCCGCCGCCCCCGAGCCGCCCGCGGCGGAGGCCGAGCCCGAGCCGGAGCCCGAGGGGGAGGCCACGGGCGCGGCGUCCGCGGCGCAGCCCGCGGCGAUGAGCGGGAAGGGGGAGCUGGAGGACCUGGUGGACAAGGCUAGGGCCUGGGUCGUGGCGGUUGCGGCCGCGGUGGUGGCCGCGGUAAGGAGGUUUGUCGACUGGGUGGUGUCCGGGGACUGGAUGAGCUGGUGGCCCUUCUGGCGGCCCGACCGCCGGGUGCAACGGCUGAUCGAUGACGCGGACGCCAACCCCACCGACGCCGCCAAGCAGAGCGCGCUCCUCCACGAGCUCAACAAGUUCAGCCCGGAAGAUGUCAUUAAAAGGUUUGAGCAAAGAAGUCAUGCUGUGGAUAGCAGAGGGGUUGCAGAGUACCUCCGGGCACUAAUUCUCACUAAUACUAUAGCUGAUUACCUUCCAGAUGAACAAUCUGGGAGGUCUGCAAGUCUGCCAGCGUUGUUGCAAGAGUUGAAGCAGCGUGUAUCUGGGAAUGAGGAUAAACCUUUCAUGAACCCUGGGAUAUCAGAAAAGCAACCGUUACAUGUAGUAAUGGUUGACCCCAAAACAACUGGUAGAUCAACACGGUUUGCUCAAGAGAUCUUCUCAACUAUCUUGUUCACAAUUGCUGUUGGGAUAAUGUGGGUGAUGGGUGCUGCUGCGCUUCAAAAGUAUAUUGGUAGCUUAGGUGGAAUUGGGGCACCUGGUGUUGGUUCUAGCUCAUCAUAUUCCCCAAAAGAGAUUAAUAAGGAUAUCAUGCCCGAGAAGAAUGUCAAGACAUUUAAAGAUGUCAAAGGUUGCGAUGAUGCAAAAAAGGAACUUGAGGAGGUAGUUGAGUAUCUCAAAAACCCUUCAAAGUUCACUCGCCUUGGUGGAAAGCUACCGAAGGGCAUACUUUUGACUGGUGCUCCAGGAACUGGGAAGACACUACUUGCAAAGGCCAUUGCUGGAGAAGCUGGUGUACCAUUUUUUUACCGAGCAGGUUCAGAAUUUGAGGAAAUGUUUGUUGGUGUUGGUGCUCGGAGAGUGAGGUCAUUGUUUCAAGCCGCAAAGAAGAAGGCACCAUGCAUUGUCUUCAUUGAUGAAAUAGAUGCUGUGGGUUCAACUAGAAAACAAUGGGAAGGGCACACAAAGAAAACACUGCAUCAACUUCUUGUUGAGAUGGAUGGGUUUGAACAGAACGAGGGAAUAAUUGUAAUGGCUGCAACAAACUUGCCAGACAUUCUUGACCCUGCACUCACGCGACCUGGUAGAUUUGAUAGGCAUAUUGUUGUCCCAAGCCCAGAUGUGCGGGGUCGCCAAGAGAUUCUGGAGCUCUAUUUGCAAGACAAGCCAGUGGCCAAUGAUGUAGAUAUCAAUGCAAUUGCCCGUAGUACACCCGGUUUUAAUGGGGCUGACCUAGCGAACCUUGUAAACAUUGCAGCAAUUAAGGCUGCAGUUGAAGGUGCUGACAAGUUGACUGCUGCACAAUUGGAGUUUGCCAAAGAUCGUAUUAUCAUGGGAACUGAGAGGAAAUCAAUGUUCAUAUCUGAUGAUUCGAGAAAGCUUACUGCCUACCAUGAAAGUGGACAUGCUAUUGUUGCCCUCAACACCCAGGGUGCUCACCCCAUUCACAAGGCAACUAUCCUUCCUCGUGGGUCUGCCCUUGGAAUGGUCACACAACUUCCCUCACAAGAUGAGACUUCUAUUAGCAAGAAACAACUCCUGGCACGUCUUGAUGUUUGCAUGGGUGGGAGGGUUGCUGAAGAGCUGAUCUUUGGGGAAGACAAUGUUACAACUGGGGCAAGAAAUGAUCUUCAUACUGCAACGGAGCUUGCCCAGUACAUGGUAUCAAACUGUGGGAUGAGUGAUGCUAUUGGUCCUGUGCAUGUGAAAGAGCGGCCAAGUGUAGAGAUGCAAUCGAGGAUAGAUGCUGAGGUAGUGAAGCUCCUAAGAGAGGCUUAUGGGCGGGUCAAGCGUUUGCUUAGGAAGCAUGAGAAGCAAUUACAUGCGUUAGCGAAUGCACUGCUGGAGCACGAAACACUUACUGCGGAUGAGAUCAACAAAGUAGUUCAUCCAUACCAAGAAGAGCCCCAGUUCUCCUUCCAAGAUGAGGAGUUUGCCCUCACUUAAAAGAUUAUUUCGUUACAUCCAGACAGCGUUCACCAACUGUGAAUUGUAAAUCCAUGUACAGUAAGUGGUGCCUAGAUGAACCAUGGAAGUUCUUUCAGACGUCCCCCUUCUGUAAAAGGGGGUACAAAACCUGUGGUGCAUUUUCUUCUCGGCACCAUUUUCAUUUGGUGAACAGUCAAGCAUCAGAAGAAGAGAUUUGCAAAGGGUGAUGCAAGCUUAUCGAUAAUUCUUUCAUUGGAAGACCACCAUGGUCCCUGGCAAAGCAUUGGGUUGCAAAGCCCUGCCAUACUUUUAGUUUAGCUAGGAGAGAUAUAGGUGUAACAUUGCAUGUUCUGAAUGCUAGGUUUCUGAUUAGGGUGACAUGUUUUUACAAUGUUCUUUUCACCUUUUUGUUGCAUUUGCUGUAAGGAACCCGUACAUAUAAUGGUUGAACGAUAUACCUGCAAUGUAUUCAUACUGCUAACAUAAACACUGAUUGUCCUGUCCA